AUGGAAAAUAAAGCUAGCCAGUUAAUUGCGUCCAGUACUAAGGUUAGAUCCCAACUUAUUUCUGAACGGAAGUCUCAUUAUGAGAGCCAACGUGAGCUUGAAGCCAAAUAUACCGCCGAAAUCCAAUCGCUCAAAUCAGAGAAGAGAAAGGCGACUUUGGCCCAAAAAGCUUCGUACGCUGACAAGAUCCAGAUUCUUUCUUUUGAAACUAAAAUACGUGAAUUGGAAGGUAAGUUGGAUGACUUGGAGCUAGAACAGGUGCUCCACGGUUCAAAUGUAGUAGAAGAGCCGGCCCAAAUAAGCUCAUCCGAUCCUAAAGAGAUUGGUUCCCUCAGGCUUGAAUUGGAACGGGCAAGGGAUGAUUUGCCUUAG